GAGAGUGUCAGGAUAUGAGUUGAGUCAGAGAGUUUCCUGCUGCAGCUGUUUGAUAAGAGUUCAGUUGGUGAGUUAGCUGCACAUCCUCACUAACUGAGUAGCAGAAUGAUACUCACAAGAGCGAGACGGGGCAUGACACGAGAGAAAAAAACAAAAUGGCUGCUGAUCUGUCAGCUUCUGAUCAUCCUGCUGGUGAAGGACAGCCUGGCGUUGACCUGCAUCCCCUGCUAUGAGGUACAAUGCCCGCCAGAUCCCAGCUGUCCUGGGGGAAAGGUUUGGGGUGUGUGCGGCUGCUGCCUGGAGUGCGCCAAGCUGAAGGAUGAGAAGUGCGGAGGCCUGUAUGGCUUUUCUGGCACCUGUGACCAGGGCCUCGAGUGUGUGCAUAGAGGACCGGACAUGUUCAACAGCGAGGGAGUGUGUCAAGAAAAGGAGACGGAUGAUAACGAAGUCUUUAUCGAGAAGCUGAAGCAGCUGAGGAACUGAGAUUGACGAUGUGAAGGAGGCUUCCCUCUGCACAUCAGUGAGGACGAAAGCAACACCUCCAACGCCUCGAAAUCAAUUAUUUACCAGCAGUAUAGAUACACAUAAUGACAAGAACUUUCACUGUUCUUCACAAACAUGUCAGUAGAUUCCUAUAAAACACAUAAGACAGUCCUGCAUUACCUCAUUACUGCUAUAACACUGUUUAUCAGCAUGUACUAACAUUCUAACGUAGACGAGAUUCAUCACGGUUCAAGUACAUUGUUCAUUUUAACCCUCAGAGUUCACUGUAUCCCUAUUACACUUGGUUUAAGUGAUGACUGUAUCACUAUUGCAUUUUAAUAAACUUUUUAACGCAUCA